AUGUAUUGUCAACCAUUACCUAAGUUAUAUGUUGAUGGUUGUGCUUUUCAUACCACUGAAAAUGGUGAAAGGAAACUUGUAGCUUUAGCAGGUAUUGUGUGGGGUAGUGAUUAUCACAUACAACCUGUUGGUUAUUGUUUGGGCCCUAAAAGUAGCCAAAUGGCUGAAUUAAGCACUGUGUAUAAGGCCAUUCAGAUGGAAGUAAAUCAGGGAUUUAAAGAAUUUGUCAUCAUUACAGAUUCAGAUUAUGUCCGUAACAGUUUUGCUGAAUACCUUCCUGUGUGGAAGCAUAAUCAGAUUACGAGAGCCCGUAACAAGCCAGUUAAACAUGGAAAGAUGAUACUUGCAAUUGAUGACAUUGUUAUCUCUAAUGACCUGAUUGUCUUUUGGAAGAAGACAAAGGGUCAUUAA